AGCGGCGCACCACUGAUGUAACGCUGACUUCCUGCUCGUCGAGGGUCACUCACAUGAGUUCACAGUUCGGAUCCUGAUCAGUCUGAGGAGCCGGGUCUUGUUCUUAACGUCGCUUCGCAGGAUUCGAACCAUGUUGCGGUCGCUGUGUCGAGCCGGAGGAGCCAUUUUACAGCAAACCCAGAGGACAGCUCCCAGGUUGUUGGUCACACCAGCGCAGCAGCGAUGGGCGUCCAGUCUGCCCAUGAACACCGUGGUCCUGUUCGUGCCCCAGCAGGAAGCCUGGGUGGUGGAGAGGAUGGGUCGCUUCCACCGCAUCCUGGAGCCGGGUUUGAAUUUCCUCAUACCCGUACUCGACCGAAUCCGCUACGUCCAAAGUCUCAAGGAGAUUGUGAUCGAUGUCCCGGAGCAGUCUGCGGUUUCUCUCGAUAAUGUAACACUACAGAUUGAUGGAGUUCUUUACCUGAGGAUCCUAGACCCCUUUAAGGCCAGUUACGGUGUCGAGGAUCCAGAAUACGCCGUCACGCAGUUGGCUCAGACCACCAUGCGUUCAGAACUGGGCAAACUCACACUGGACAAAGUUUUCAGGGAAAGGGAGUGCCUCAAUUCCAACAUCGUCCACUCCAUCAACACCGCUGCAGAGGACUGGGGCAUCCGCUGCCUCCGUUACGAAAUCAAAGACAUACACGUCCCACCUCGUGUCAAAGAAUCCAUGCAGAUGCAGGUGGAGGCUGAGCGUAAGAAGCGAGCCACGGUGCUGGAGUCUGAGGGGACGAGGGAAGCGGCCAUUAACGUCGCCGAGGGUUGUAAACAAUCUCAGAUCCUGGCGUCGGAGGGAGAGAAGGCAGAGAAGAUCAACAAUGCGUUAGGUGAGGCUCAGGCUGUGGUAGCAAAAGCUGAAGCGAAGGCCAAAGCCAUCCGGAUGCUGUCAGAGGCUCUGGCUGAGCAGAAUGGAAACGCAGCAGCUUCACUAAAUGUGGCCGAGCAGUACGUGGCUGCUUUCUCCAAGCUCGCCAAAGAGUCCAACACCAUCCUCCUGCCGUCUAACACCGGGGACAUCAGCAGCAUGGUCACACAGGCGAUGACCAUCUACAGCUCGCUGGCGAAGCAGAGCCCAAUCAGAGCAGAGGCGGCGGCGAAGAGGGAGGAGCUGCAGAGCCAAUCGACAUCGACUCAGUAGCAGAGGAAUCAAAAUGAACUCAAAGUAGUGACACAGAACCAGGGAGAAACUGUUGUAUGGUUAAGUUAUCUGGAUUUCCAAGGCAUCGCUGUGAAGUUCACUCACCUUCUACCGGCUGAUUGAGAAGAACUGCAAAUUUAAAUAACUCAGCUUUGAGAAAUCACAUCUUACACGAGAGGAUUUGUAAUUUUCACUGACUGUUGUUUAUGUUCAUUGGGAAAUAAACAUCAGGACCCGAUAUUGAUAUAAUUAUGGUUUAACUUUCAGACUAGGUUCAUGUUUUCUCUUUUGCGUCCUCCAUUCUGUGUCAAUGCGGUAAUCCCAGUCACUGCCUUGUUUGUUUACGGUGAUCGGGUCAGUUCUUCAGCAGCUCUGGGACCAGCGACUAAGCAAAUUUGCUCCAUGUGACGUCUCAGAAAUCCCUGAAAGAGUCAGUUAUUCUCAAUUUGGCCCAUGUGAUUAAAAAGGUAUCUCCCCAUUUAGAAAUAAUUCCUUCCCAAUAAUUGGUGCAAAAAUUCGGGUCUAGAAUCAGGUUCCUGUUCUCAUCAGUUAUAUUAUAUAUAUAUACCAGUUAUAUUCAUCUCUUAUGUCUUUAUGGGAUACUGGGAAUUUCAAGCUUCUCUGCAAAAUUUGGGUGUCAUGGAUGACAUCGUCACAGAAGAUGAAGAUGAUGAUGAUGAUGAUGCGGUGGAAAGGAAUGUUGUUAAGCACUUGUUUGGAAGAUUGUUGUCAAGCGACGAGGGGAAAACUGCCAGCAAAAUAAAAAUACAUAAAAACUUC